CCUCAACAUAGUUGAUAAGCAAAGAAAUUAACUCUAUCGAUCACCGGAUGAGAAAAUGGCUUCUAGGAAUCAUCUCUUAAUAUGUUGUGUUCUCUUAGCUAUGAUCAUGAUCGGGCAUGCUCAAACCAACCGGAAACUUCUUGACGAUAAUGUACCAUCAUCUUAUUUUCCAUCGAUGGAGUCUCGUCAGGUUUUUCUUCCUUCUUCUCAUCGUUCACUUGUUGCUGAGCAUUACGACAGAUCACCACCUCCACCACCACCCAAAAGAUCAGAAGUUGAACCCCAAACUGAUGGUGUCUAGACCAUUGAGUGAUGGUGAGAAUCGGCCCUGAUGAAAAGACUCGUGAGUUGGUACCAUGUUUUGAAAGAGCAUACAUAUGUUUUGAUGUUUGGUUUUAUGAUCCGGUUUAUAAGAGCUACCUAAUUUUUGAAGGCUUGGUUUGAUUUAGUUUUCUUUGCUUUCUAAAGUAAAAUCUCCGGAAAAGUUGUCUCUGUUUUUUUCUUCUUUAUUUUUAUCUGUAUACGUGUACUUCAUUCUUGGUGACAAUAAAUUUGACUUGUUUCAAAUUAAUUAAUGUAAUAUUUGUAAAUGGUAAGUUAAUACAACAGAAAAGUCGAUGAU